AUGGCCGGACAAUCACGAAAAUGGAUGAUAUUAAUGGCAUGCAUAUGGAUACAAGCAUUCACGGGCACAAAUUUCGACUUCUCGGCAUAUUCAUCGGAACUUAAGAAGGUUUUAAAGGUUUCCCAGAUGGAGCUGAAUUAUUUGGCUACGGCCUCGGAUUUAGGCAAGGCGUUUGGGUGGUCCUCGGGUUUUGCACUCCUGUAUUUGCCAUUAUGGAUGGUUAUGUUUAUCGCGGCCUUCAUGGGCUUGUUUGGUUAUGGUGUUCAAUGGCUUUUGAUUCGUCGAAUCAUCAUCGAUUUGCCUUAUGUUUCGGUAUUUCUGCUAUGUUUAUUAGCAGGAUGUAGCAUUUGUUGGUUCAAUACAGUUUGUUUUGUCCUUUGUACCCGAAACUUCACCACAAAUCGACAUCUAGCCAUCUCUCUAACUGUAAGCUUCAAUGGCGUAAGUGCAGCCUUAUAUAACCUUGCAGCCAAAGCAAUAGACCCGUCAUCCUACACACUUUACCUUCUCCUAAAUGCCUUCGUUCCGCUCUUCGUUUCUUUUUUAGCCCUCAUCCCAAUUCUAAAGCAACCCAUAUUUGACAAGCUUCCAUCUAACAUUAAUCACAACGAUCGAUUUAUAUUUAUUAUUUUAAACAUAUUUGCAGUCAUUACUGGCUUCUAUCUCCUUCUGAUCCCUUCAAAUUCAAUUCAUGGAAAAGUAUUCUUUCAUGGUGCUAUUUGCCUUCUUGUUCUCCCGCUAGGAAUCCCCGGUAUUAUAUAUGCUAGAAAGUGGUUUAACUCUAAUAUAUAUCCAAAAAUUCUUGUCCAUGGAUCAAGUUUUUUACUUCUGGAUGGUGAUGAUCACUAUAAUGAACUCGUUGGUGGUAGUCAUGAAGCUAUUUUAGUUGACGAUAACGAGAUUAAAUAUAGUAUAAAGGGGUGUUGGGAUAUGUUGAUAAAGAGUGAUAAGUUGGAAAUGAUUGAGGAAGAGCAUGAUGCUAAGAGGCUUCUUUGCAGGCUAGAUUUUUGGCUAUAUUAUUUCGUGUACUUUUGUGGUGGAACAAUUGGGCUAGUUUAUAGUAACAAUUUAGGCCAGAUAGCACAGUCACUUGGUUUAGAAUCAAGUACUUACACCCUCAUCACACUUUAUUCGUCAUUCUCUUUCUUUGGACGGUUACUUUCAGCAACUCCGGAUUUCUUGAAAACGAGAUUGAACUUGGCAAGGACAGGAUGGCUAGCCAUUGCGCUUGUACCAACACCACUAGCAAUGCUUGUGCUUUCAUUGACAGAAACGAAAGUGGGACUUCAGAUUGGAACUUCUCUUAUCGCUUUAAGCUCUGGGUUCAUUUUCUCAGCAGCCGUGUCUGUAACAUCCGAGCUAUUUGGACCUAAGAGUGUUGGUGUGAACCAUAACAUUCUCAUCACGAAUAUCCCAAUCGGGUCACUUGUUUAUGGGCUUCUUUCAGCCCUUGUGUAUGAUAGCAAUGAAGCUUCAUUGCGGAAUGUUUGUAUGGGGAGAAAUUGUUAUUUUGCAACAUUUGUUUUGUGGGGCUGUAUUUCAUUUUUGGGACUGGUUUCGACUGUGUUGUUGUUCCUAAGAACUCGGCAAGCAUAUGAAAGAUUUGAACAUAACCCGGUUUCUGUAGUCUCAUAAUAGAUCACAUUUAGCAGGUCUGAUCCGACUUGUUGAGACAACUUAGACAAUUCAUACUCGCCUAUUUUCCAUGAGUUUACAGUGUGCUUUAAUGGACGGACAGCAAUGCUUUCUUCCUCAAAAGGUUCGUAAAUAAACAAUGUUUAUGCUAGACAUCAUGUUUUACAGUUUGUGUGUUU